AUGAUAAGACGAGAUAUAAAAAAGGAAACAGGCGGGUAUUGGUAUACUGCGCAUCAAGGCGCACGGGUCAACUCCAACACAUCUUUAGUCGUCAAAUGCGCGAUUCAAAGCUGCCUCGCAUCUAUUCUCAAUGGGUCAGGAAUCAGCAAACCGGAGCUCGACGAACCUUUGGAAGCAUUGCGACAUCUUCGCGCAGCAAUGGACGCAGACCAGGAACAGAUAGGCGAUACAGGAGACAUGUGGAAGGAAAACCCUGGCUUAUUCUUCAUGCACUCCGUAGCUCUUGCUUGGUCAAGAACGGACGAUGACAAAGCCAAGGAAACCCUUUCUGGUAUCAUCAAUGACAAGAAUAUUGACAAGGGCUCUCAAGGCAUGAUCUAUCUUGUCAAGAGCAAAAUCUAUCUAUCUCAGGUUCUUCGACGGCUUGGAGAAGAGCAAGAUGCGCAAUCACAGUAUGUUUCUAAAUAUUGUCGACUGGUUCUUUGUAAUCCAAUAACAAUGGGCAGUGAGCAAUGA